ACCAUACACAGAAAAAAAAAGACGAACCCGUUUACGCAGUGUGGAAGACGAAGAAGAACCAAGGCUACUCAAGAAUGGAAUUAACAAGGGAAAUGGCGGUCUUUGUGUGACAUUGUUAGCACUGUUGGUUAUUUUGAAACCUCGAGAUCAUGUAUUUUAACUGUCGUGGCGUUAGGAAACAGGAUAGACCCCUAUCUUGAACUUUCCAACCAAGGGUCCAAGCCAAGGCCAGUGCAGUUGCAGUGCAGCGCAGGUCAACGACUGCACGCAAGUGCUAUUGACGGUAUUGUAUUCGCUUUACCAUUGACUGGACCUGUGACUGUGUGGAGGAAAUUAAUGAGAUUGAGAGGAAAGAUCGCCCCGCGCCUCGCCUAUCCUACCGCCCGAGGCAUUCUGUUGGUCUAACUUUGGGUCUAGACUAUAAUUACUAGAUCUAGCCCUGACGUUAGACUAAUUCUGCUUCAUUGUCACAAAUUGUAGUGGACUCAUUCUUAGGCAUAUGAAUGGUAAUAAAAUGGCUGAAAAUGGAUCAGAAACCUCAGACAUCAGUCAGACUUCAGAUCAAAUUAAGGAAGAUCAAGAUGAGGAAAAACAAGAUCAAGAAGAAGAAGAAGAAGAAGAUGAAGUCCUCCCUGAAAAGGUGACGUCACCAGCAGGAGGGGAAUCAGAUAAUUCUAUCCUGCCUCGACGGUCCAGUCUUAUCAAGGAUUCAGCUAAGAAAAAGCCACGUAAAAAGACGGUUUCAUUCUCGAGUUUUCCUGAAGAAAGGCCAAUUUCAAAAGCAUCUGAUUGUCUGUCAAUAAUGGAAGCUGGAAGUGAAUUAGUGAAAGUAAGAUCUCCCUCGAGACAAUACAAUCGUUUCUUUGCUCUAAGUGAAGACAGGUCCGAGCUUCGAUGGCAUUCAUCUUCAAAGAAACCAGAAAAAGCAAGAAUUUCUGUUGAGAGUAUAAAGGAAGUACGACUGGGGAAGACGACCGAGAUGUUCAGGUCUCAAAACAUGGCCAUGGAUUUCCCUGAAGAUUGCGCGUUUUCUGUGAUAUUUGGUGAAUCUUACGAGACUCUGGAUCUGGUAGCUGCCACACCAGACGAAGCCAAUAUAUGGGUGACUGGUUUGUCUUAUCUUAUAGGAGGAAACACAACACCAGAAGCUAUAGAAAGGAAUCAAGAAUUACGAGAUUCAUGGUUGAGAGAUAUGUUUAACAAAGCAGCUGGUGAUUCAUUAGGUCAGUUGGAUGAAUGUGAAGUUAUGCAGCUCAUGAAGAAACUUAACAAUGGUGUCGCCUCAACUCGGAUUAGACACAAGUUUAGGGGUCACGGCAAGGUAGAAUAUGUAUUAGGACGACAGGCGAUUUUGCCCUCAUGA